AGGACUUUGAAAGGAAGACGGGAAUGGCGGGAAUACUUCCUCCUGAACUGAUACUGGAAAUUCUGUCAUGGCUUCCUGUGACGAGUCUGAUGCGAUUCAGGUGCGUUUCAAAAACAUGGAAAUUUUUUAUAUCCAAUCCUUACUUGGUGAAAUUGCACUUUGAGAAAUCCUCUAGAAACCCACAAAUCCUCUUAAUGGCGACACAGAGAUACAAUCCAUGUUUCUUGGCUCGAUUAUGCUCUUUACCAUGUUUAAUCCAAAACCCUGCACCCUCUUCUUGUGGUCGUACCUUCCGCUGUCCCAAACCUUAUGAAUAUUUAUUCGGUUCUUGCAAUGGUUUGCUUUCUCUACAUAACUCUCUUUCCACAAAAAAGUAUGAAGAGCACUGGGUCCGCUUUUGGAACCCUGCCACCAAUAUUUGGUCCAGACCUUCACCAAGAUUGCGUCUCAAUUUGCGCAUUUACGAUCCAGAUGAAAUUGAUUUUGGGUUUGCGUACGAUGAUCGAAGAGACAAUUACAUGGUGGUUGCAAUAGUUUUGGAUAGGAGUAUAGGUAAAAGGAGUGUGUGGGUUUACUGUAUGGGUGACGUACGUUGGAGACGUUCAGUGACCUCUCCGAUUUUUUUUCUCACUCGUGACGAAAUAGAAAGCACAAUCAUUGCUCUAUUUGCAUUGAAGGACGUUCGAGACGAAAGAUCUUGGAGUUGGUUGCUGAAUGUAAGUUAUGAAACUCUGAAUAUCUCUCCUUAUUUGCAUCAGUUGCAGAUUUUGGGCAUGUUGGGUGAUCUUCUGUUGCUCUCAUAUACAUAUUUGGAUGCUUCCAAUAUCAUCAUUACCUUUAAUUUCAAGGAAAAUAAAGUAGAACAUACUCAAACUUACUACAGGAAGUUUAUCUUCUCGUGUAACUAUGUUCCAAGCUUGAUUUUGUCUGUUUGAGACAUUUAUUUACUUUAAAUUAAGGUAGUGGUUUCAGAUCUUUUUCAAAGGUA